UCGACCCGUACAGAUUAACGUUUAAGCAUAGAAUCUAAGCCGUUGCUUCAGACCUGAGACUUCACACAUUUAGUAUUAUCCCAUUUCAGAAUACUUUCAAUAGCCUAAACCAAAAAAGAAAAGGCAAAAUGGAUGAGACGAUCAUCAUCAAAGGAACAGUUGUUCUGAUGAAGAAAAACACUCUGGAUUUCCAUGAUGUUAAAGCUUCUUUUCUCGACAGAGUUCAUGAGCUUCUGGGCAAACGAGUCUCUUUGCAGCUCAUCAGCUCCGAUCACCCUGACCCAGAAAACGAGAACAGAGGGAAGAUGUCAAAGGAGGCGUACUUGGAGAAAUGGGGGAGGACAAUCACGUCGUUGGUAAAAGUGGGAGAAACUGCAUUGUCUGUGAGAUUUGAAUGGGGGAAGAAGAUGGGUGUUCCUGGAGCUUUUAUAAUAAGAAACUAUCAUCACAGUCAGUUUUACAUCAAGACUCUCACAUUAGAAGAUGUUCCCAGCCAUGGCCGACUCCAUUUUGUCUGUAACUCCUGGGUCUACCCAGUUCAUCAUUGCAAAUAUAAUCGUAUUUUCUUCUCUAAUAAGAGCUACCUGCCAUUUGAAAUGCCAGAGCCAUUGAGGAAGUUUAGAGAAGAAGAACUGGCUAAUCUCAGAGGAAAUGGGAAAGAGGAGCUGAAAGAGUGGGAUAGAGUGUAUGAUUAUGAUUAUUAUAAUGAUUUGGGAGGUUCCGAGGAUCAACGUCCUAUCCUCGGAGGAUCGCAGCAGUAUCCAUACCCUCGACGGGGAAGAACUGGCCGUAAACCUACCAAAGAAGAUCGCAGAUAUGAGAGUAGAUUGCCACUUCUAAGUCUAAAUUUUUACGUCCCAAGAGAUGAGAAAUUUAACUAUGUCAAGUUUUCAGACUUCAUAGCAUAUGGUCUGAAAGCACUCGUCCGAGUAUUGGUCCCUGAAAUUACAUCUUUAUGCGAUAAAACUAUAGAUGAGUUUGAUAGUUUUGAAGAUGUGCUGGAUUUAUAUCAAGGAGGUAUAAAAUUACCGAAUGGCCCGACCAUUAACAAGAUAAGAGAGCUUGUUCCUUGGGAGAUGCUGAAGGAGCUUAUUCGAAAUGAUGGUGAGAGGUUGUUAAAAUUUCCCAUGCCCGAUGUAAUUAAAGAGGAUAGAUCAGCUUGGAGGACAGAUGAAGAGUUUGGAAGGGAAAUGUUGGCUGGUGUUAACCCAGUAGUCAUCAGACUCCUACAAGAGUUUCCUCCAGCCAGCAAACUUGAUCCUAGAGUGUAUGGAAAUCAGCACAGUUCAAUUACAAAGGAGCAUAUAGAAAAGAACAUGAACAGGCUAACAGUAGAUGAAGCACUGGAAAAGAAGAAACUAUUUAUAUUAGAUCACCAUGACACUUUAAUGCCAUAUCUAGCACGAAUAAACUCCACCAAGACAAAGGCUUAUGCAACUAGAACAGUACUAUUUCUACAAGAUGAUGGUACUCUGAUACCAGUCGCCAUUGAGUUAAGCUUGCCACAUCCACAAGGAGAUCUCCAUGGCUCUGUCAGCAAAGUUUUCAUUCCAGCCGAACAAGGCGUCAAGAGUUCAGUCUGGCAGCUGGCUAAAGCUUAUGUUGCUGUUAAUGAUUCUGGUUAUCACCAACUCAUAAGCCACUGGUUAAACACCCAUGCUGUUAUAGAACCAUUUGUGAUUGCAACAAAUAGACAACUGAGUAUAGUUCAUCCAAUAUAUAAGCUUUUACAUCCCCACUUCCGUGAUACAAUGUAUAUAAAUGCUCUUGCUCGUCAGAUCCUCAUCAAUGCUGGUGGGGUGUUGGAGAAAACAGUUUUCCCUGGUAAAUAUUCGUUGGAAAUGUCUUCUGUCAUCUACAAAAACUGGGUGUUCACGGAGCAAGCGCUUCCGGCCGAUUUGCUUAAAAGAGGUGUGGCCAUCUUAGAUUCAAGCAGUCCUAAUGGAAUCAAGCUUCUGAUAGAGGAUUACCCAUAUGCUGUAGAUGGGUUAGAAAUUUGGACAGCAAUUGAAACAUGGGUGAGUGAGUAUUGUUGUUUUUACUACACUACAGAUGAAAUGAUUCGAACCGACAAUGAGCUACAAUCGUGGUGGAAUGAGGUUCGAACCAAGGGCCACGGUGACAAGAGAGACGAACCAUGGUGGCCCGAGUUGCAGACAAGAUCAGAGCUUAUACAAACCUGCGGAACUAUUAUAUGGAUAGCUUCUGCACUUCAUGCAGCUGUAAAUUUUGGACAAUAUCCGUAUGCUGGUUAUCUUCCAAAUAGACCAACUUUAAGUAGAAGAUUCAUGCCCGAACCAGGAAGUUCAGAGUAUGCUGAACUUGAGUCAGACCCUGAUGUGGGAAUACUGAAAACAAUCACACCUCAGCUUCAAACUCUUCUUGGUAUAUCUUUGAUUGAGGUUCUGUCACGGCAUACUAAUGAUGAGAUUUAUCUUGGGCAGAGAGAAAACUCUGAGUGGACUUCAGAUGAGGAAGUAAUAGCUGCAUUUGAGAGAUUUGGUAAGAAGCUUCAAGAAAUAGAAAACAAUAUCAUACGACGGAACGAUGAUAAGAAAUUGAAAAAUAGAGUAGGACCAGUUAAAGUACCAUACUCUUUGCUUUAUCCUAAUACCUCUGAUUAUUCCAAACAAGGUGGGUUGACAGGUAAGGGAAUUCCUAAUAGUAUCUCAAUUUAAAGCUUUCUUUACAUAUAUAUAUAUAUAUAAUUACAUAAAUAGAUAGAUAUGACUGUAAUGUAAGUUUAAAUUUUGUGUAUUCAUUCUUUUGUCAUGUAUUAAUUAAGCAGGACAAGUGAUAUUAUUCUGUUUAAUUUCAACAUUCUUCUGUAACAAUGAUGUGUA